GCUCAUGGACAGCCAUAGGGUUGGGUGAAAGCGGUGGGGAGUUCACCUGGAGCCUCUCCAGGGCUGUGCUUGGGUUAUUUGCCACGUGGCAAUUCGGAGGAAGGUGUUUUGUCCUGUUGGGCAGCAGUUCCAGCUCUGUGUGCUGCUGUUCACCGGAGCCCCUGCUUCCGAGGCUGGGUGCUCCGUGCUCUGUCUGCACUGUGCUUCCAGGGCUCCCUCCUCCCGCUCCAGCAUGAAGAGCACCCGGAGCUGCUGCUCUGUGCAGAGCUCCGACGUCGCAGACCUGAUGCUGACGGGGCUCCCGGUGCCGGUGGCGCGGCGCCCCGGCAGCGCCUCUCCCGCCAAGCUCGUGGCGCGCUCCGUGUCCGUGGCUGCCGACGGCAAAGCCAAGAGGAACGCCCCGGAAGAUGCGGGAUCCCGGGCCAUGAACAACCUGCGCAGGUCCAACAGCACCACCCAGGUGAACCAGCGGGUGAACAGCUCACACAGCUCGGAGCAGACAGCAGACUUCCUGGCCUUCUUUGAGGGCGAUCCAGGAGGAAGGAGGAAACUGGCAACUCUGAGCAAAACCUCCCCGGAAAAGAAAACCACAUGGAAUAUCUUGGAUGACCAGCCCCGGGCGUUCCCAGGCCCCUCUGGCUCCCACGGCCUCGAGCCGCCCACGGGCAUGAGGAGGAAGGAAGCCACGGUGCUCCUGGCUGCCAACUUCACUGCCAACAACAGGAGCAACAAGGGCGCAAUGGGCAACUGCGUCACCACCAUGGUGCACAACAACUACUCCACUGCUGAGAAGGGCCCUGCUCCCAAGAGCUCCAACCAGGCUCCCAGUUCCCUCAACAAUGUCGUCAAAGCGACCUCCAACGAGGACGGGGAGGGCAGCAGCAGCUUUGUGAAGUCUCAGAAGAAUUUCUCCAGCAACAACAUCAUGACCCACAACAACAACAGCAGCAGCAGCAGCAGCGGCAGCAGCGCUCCCCGGAGGAGGGAGGUGACCGAGGAGGAGGCUGAGAGGUUCAUCCAGCAGGUGAACCUGGCUGCUGUCACCAUCCAGCGCUGGUACCGGCGCCACUCGCAGCGGCACAGGACGGCGGCUGCCGCUCUGGGGCGCCUGAUGGCUGCCAAGAGGGAGGAAAGGCAGCAGCGGAUGGAGGAGGGGAAUAUCCUGGAUUUGCAGGAGAGGAAGGACGAGGAACGCCGGAAGAUCCGGGAGGAGAAGGCGCGGCUGGCCCGGCACGCUGCCAUCCAGGAGCUGCAGCAGAAAAGGGCCCAAAAGGCCUCGGAGAAACGCUCUCCAGAAGAGCUGGUGCUGGUGAAGGAGAGCAGGAGGGGGCCCAAGAAGAAGCCUGGUGCCAAACCUGCCUCAGCCAGGAAUGUCAGCCCGGCCGGCAGCCUCACCAAAGCCAACAACGCCGAGGCCAAUUCCCCCCUGGCAGCUGGGGAGCCUGAAGGAAGCAGCCUGGGAGCUCUUGGCUCUGUGCCCUCGCAGGACCCUGGGGCAGAGGACAAACUGCAGGAUGUGAGCUCCAGGGAGAUGGGUAAUGAGGACCUGGAGACAGCAGUGGCUGCUGGCAGCAGGCCUCAGUCCAAGGUCACGCUCAAUGAGCUGCUGGACACACUCCGGCUGCUGGAGGAGGAGCCAGAGCUGCUGCCCCCACCCAAGCUCCUCAAGAAGGACAGAUAUGCCUGGAUGGACAGGCAGGAGCCCAGCUCCAACUCCCUGACUGCUGACAACUUGGAGAAGUUUGGGAAGCUGAACCACCCGCCAGGGGUCCCUGAGGAUGGGGCUCUGCUCUCAGAGGCCAAGCUCCAAAGCAUCAUCAGUUUCCUGGAUGAGAUGGAGAAGUCAGAGCAGGAGAGGCCCAGGUCUGCUGCCUCAGCCACGCAGCGGGAGGCGAGUCCAUCUGUGGGCUUCCUUUUGGAAGAGGAGCUGGCUCACGUGGAGCAGGUGUCGGCUGUUGCCACGGAGGUGACAAGCUCCAUGAUGAGGCUGAAGCUGGAAGUGGAGGAGAAGAAGAGAGCCAUCAGCCUGCUGCAGACUGCUCUGACUCAGCAGCGGGAGCUGACCGACCGACACGUCAAACAGACCGAGAAGGAGCUCAGCCAGCAGCUCAGGCUGCAGAGGGAGCAGUAUGAGGCAGCUAUCCAGAGGCACCUGGCCUUCAUUGACCAGCUCCUCGAUGACAAGAAGGUGCUGAGUGAGAAGUGUGAGGCCGUGGUGGCAGAGCUGAAACAAGUGGACCAGAAGUACGGCCAGAAGAUCACCCAGAUGCAGGAGCAGCACGAGCUGGUCUGGCGCACUUUGGGCCCCUUUUGUGAGGAGAUUAAGAAACUGAAGGAGCUCAUGAGCGCAACUGAGAAAGUCCGGCGGGAGAAGUGGAUUGAGGAGAAAACCAAAAAGAUCAAAGAAAUCACGGUGAAAGGGCUGGAGCCGGAGAUCCAGAAGCUCUUGGCCAAGCACCGCGAGGACAUCCGGCAGCUGAAGCUGCUGCACGAGGCCGAGCUGCUGCAGUCGGACGAGCGGGCGGCGCAGCACUACGGGCGGCAGGCGCAGGAGCUGCGGGGGCUGCUGGAGAGGGAGAGGGAGGAGCAGAGCCAGCGGGAGCGGGAGCGGGUCCGGCAGAGGUGUGAGCAGCAGCUGGAGCAGGAGGAGCAGGCACUGGAGCUGCAGCGGCGCCGGCUCUAUGCCGAGGUGGCCGAGGAGAAGGAGAGGCUGAGCCAGCAAGCAGCCAGGCAGCGAGCAGAGGCAGAGGAGCUGCGGCAGCAGCUGGAGGCCAACAGCUCGGCCCUCAGCCGGGCACUGCGGGACAAGUACACCAAGGAGAAGGAGGAGCAGGAGAGGCAGCACCAGGCAGAACUGAAGGUGCUGAAGGACCAGCUGGAGCUGGAGAAGCAGGCCUGGGAGGCCAACUAUGUGAAGAAGGAGGAAGCCUGGCUGCUGUCUCGGGAGCGGGAGCUGCGGGAGGAGAUGAGGAAGGAGAGGGACAAAGAGAUCGAGCUGGUGAUCCAGCGCCUGGAGGCCGACACGUCCUUGGCCAAGGAGGAGUGCGAGAGGGCAGCGGAGAACAGGAUCAAGAGGAUCCGAGACAAGUACGAGGUGGAGCUGCAGGAGCUGGAGCGGUCGGAGCGGAAGCUGCAGGAGCGCUGCAACGAGCUCAAGGGGCGGCUGGCCGAGCUGGAAGGGGAGAGCAUCCGGCUGCAGGGCCUGCUCAAGCACAAGGAGCAGGAGGUGGAGGAGAUCAGGAAGGAAUGUGCAGACAGGCUGCUGGGGACCGAGGAGGAGAACGCGCGGCUGAAGGCAGAGAUGGCGGAGCUGAGGGCCAGGCAGCACCUGGAGCUGGACAGGCUGCUGCAGGAGAAGGACCGGGAGCUGGAGGAGGUGCACAGGAGGGUGAAGGCGGCAGUGCUGAGGAAGGAGGAGAGCAUGAGCAGCCUGCGGAAGCAGUACGAGGCAGCCGUGCAGAGAGCCAACCUGCUGGAAUCCCUGCUGGAGCAGCAGCGGCAGCUGGCCAUGGAGUGACCGUCCUGCCGGGCAGGGAGCGGGGCUGGGGCUGGGGCUGGGGCCAGGCUCUCCCCUCCCUCUUGUUCUCCACAGCCUGGUCCCAACACCAUGGCCAUGCUGGGACGCCUGGUGGCCUUUAGAUGUUUGGGAGUUUUGUUCUGA